AUGGCUGAAAAAGAUAUACUUGGGUUAAUAACAGCGGGGAAAAGGAAACGGGGGGCUAAUUGGACAAGUGAAGAGGAGAUAAUUCUAAUAGAAGAGGUCAUGAAAUUUGAAGAUCGGUUGUUUGGGAAAAUGAAAGGGGCGGGGAUAAAGGGAAAGCACGGGAAAAUAAAAGAAGAGACCUGGAAGUCUAUAGCAGACACUUUGAACUUACAAUUUAAAAAUGACAGAACGUCUGAUUCCAUCUACAAAAAGUAUGACAACGUCAAACAAAGAGCGAAAGAGAAAAUUGAUGGCAUACGCCGACGAAAGACAGGGGGAGGUCCACCAACGGCGCCCCUUACGCAAGCGGAGGAAGCCCUGUACCAAGCAAUGGACACACGACCCAAUAUUGUUGGAUUGGUCAGGGGCAUUGAUUCCGAUGAACCAACGUCAUCUGUCCAAUCGCUGGCUGGUAAUGAGACCACGUGCACCGGUGAUGCUUCAGCUUCUUCUGAAUCUUCAGCUAGUAUGACAUUUGGGUUAUCUUUAAACAGGAAGAUGGAUGAACGGCCUAAAGAAAAGAAGAGGAAGAUGGCAACACGUGAAGUCAUAGAAGAAUUGGAAAUAAAAAACCUAAAACUUGAAAACGAAAAGCUCAGCCAAGAAAUAAGUAAUCUUCAACAAGAGCAGAACAAAUUAGAAAGGGAGGAAAAGAAAUUUCAAAUUGAGGCCGAAUUAUUAGAAAUUAAGAAGUCUUGUCUGUUGUGUAAAUUAAGUUCUGAAUUUCCGGAAUUCAUUUUAGACCCUUUAUGUAAAUGA